GUAACUUGUAAGUUCUUCUUCUUCUUCACUCAACUUCAACUUCAAACCUUCUUUACAUCUAUCUUGCUGAAUUCAUUCCGCUACAUUUUCACUCCAAAAAUGGAUCAAAUUAGAUCCAAUUUAUUUGUUUCGUUUUUGUUCUUUGUACUUUUUUCAUCAGUAAGAACAGAAGAUCAAAGUGUAAUUCAGGCACUGGUCACAUUCAUGGAUAAACUCGCGCCAAUGCAAACCACCACAAAUUGGGGAUGGAACAUUUCGUCGGACCCAUGCACAAGUAAAUGGGUCGGGGUUACUUGCGAUGGAAGCAACGUAACUGUAAAAAAAAUCGUUCUUGAAAAUCUUAAUCUAUCAGGAACACUUGAUCCUGGUUCACUUUGCAAGGUGAGUAAUCUUCUUGUACUUAGUCUCAACUUCAACAAUCUCACCGGAAUCUUGUCGCCUGAGAUUUCAAACUGUAAUCGUCUCACCCAUUUCUACCUCACCGGAAACCGUUUUUCCGGCAAUCUCCCCGAUUCCAUUACAAACUUACCGAAUGUGAAACGGAUUGUGAUAUCCAACAAUGAUUUCUCCGGCGACUUACCGGAUUUUUCAAGAACCACAAGUUUGUUAACGUUCUUAGCACAGAACAACCAGUUCACUGGUCAACUUCCGGGCUUCAAUUAUAAUCAAUUACAAGAUUUCAACAUUGCAAAUAACAAUUUCACCGGUCCGGUUCCUGAUGACACGGGUCGAUUCGAUGGCAACAGCUUCGCGGGUAACCCGGGGUUAUGCGGGAAAGUGUUGCCCCGAUCGUGUCCGGUGAAAAAGAAAGAAAAAGAGUCAAAAUUACGGGAUUUUUUUAUUUACUCCGGGUAUGCAGUCCUCGGGUUUUUGGUUGUUGUUCUAGUCGCAAUCAUGUUAGUCAAGAGAAAGAAGAGGGGGCAAAAUGAAAAGACGGAUUUGUCACCGAAGAACAGUUCACGAAGCGGGCGAUCAAGUGAAUCGAGAAAUAGCAAGAGGUCGGAAUUCUCGUUGACAUCGGUUGAAAAUGGCGGGGUUUCCACUUCGAUGGUGGUUCUAUCAAGUCCGGUCGGGAACGGGCUGAGAUUCGAAGAUCUGCUUCGUGCACCGGCUGAAUUGAUUUCAAGGGGUAAUAAUGGAAGUUUGUAUAAAGUGAAACCAGAGGGUGGGGUUUCUCUUGUUGUUAAAAGGAUAAAGAAUUGGAAGAUUUCGAAAGAUGAAUUCAAGAAAAGAAUGCAGAAAAUUGAUGAAAUAAAGCAUUCAAAUGUGUUGCCUGUUGUUGCUUAUUACUCUUCAAAACAAGAAAAACUUCUUGUUUAUGAGUAUCAACAAAAUGGUAGUCUCUUUAGACUUCUCCAUGGAUCACAAAAUGGGCAAAUUUUUGAUUGGGUUAGCCGGUUAAGUCUCGCAUCUAGUGUAGCCGCGGCAUUGGCAUUCAUGCAUCGGGAGCUUGAAGCCGACUUGAUCGCGCAUGGAAACGUAAAGUCAUCAAACAUUUUGCUAAAAGACGACAUGGAGCCGUGUGUGAGCGAGUAUGGGCUAAUGCCAGCAAAUCACCAGGACCCGGGUCCCAGUGACAAGGACCCGGGCCCAAGCAAGACCCAAGAACGCACAACCAAUGGAAAUUUCAAGGGUGAUGUGUAUGGGUUUGGUGUGGUUCUGCUUGAGUUGCUGACCGGGAAGCCGGUUCAGGACAAUGGGUCGGAUUUGGUGACGUGGGUGAGGGCUGUGGUUCAAGAAGAAUGGACAGGGGAGGUUUUUGACAAGGCGUUGAUAGUUGAAGGGGCUAAUGAAGAAAGGAUGAUUAGGUUGUUGCAUGUGGCGUUAAAUUGUAUUAAUGGUUCACGAGAGGCGAGACCGAUGAUGGGUGAGGUGGCGACGAUGAUAUUGUCUUUGAAGGAAGAAGAAGAGCGGUCUAUGACCUCUUCUGACCCGUGAUGAUUGUUAAUUAGAUAAAAAAAAAAAAUUACGAGCAUAUUUAAUUGUUGUAAAAAACUGAAAACCAUUGAAUUAUUUCAUUUCACGAGUUUAAAUAGUUAUGGUAUGAAAAAAUCUCAUUGGGGAUUACCAAACAAUAA